GAUACAAAACCAGCGAUUUGUAUGUCGUCGGUUGGAUGUAUUUGGUGCCUCAGUUGACGGUGUGUUGUUGUUGUUGCCGCCGCCGUUGGCGCUGACUAUGUGAAUAUUGUAUGUGAAUUUUCGCCUGGCUUUGGAGGAAACGCAGUGGUUGCUGCGUCUAAAUCCUCCAUUGGACGUCAGUUCGAUUUAAGUCGCUGCUCGGCCGCAUCGUAAGUGCAGCGUUCAGUUCCACAAAACUCUGCUGCUGAUACAUCUUUUUAAGAGCAAAAACUUCACAAAUAUAGAUUUUUUCCCCCAAUUUGACAAAAGAAAAAAAUUAUUCAGCAACACUAAAUUCUUUCAAAAAAAAAAACACCGAUUAAUAGAGAAAAAAUAUUAAUACUAAAACUCCUUAAAAAAAACAGUUUUUAAUAAAAGAAAACAACUAAACAGUAAUAGAAAAAAUAUUAUACAUCCGCAUUCUAAAAUAAAUCCCAAGACAUAUUGCGCUGAGGACGACAACAGUUUUGAGAAGUAAUAUUUGAAGAUAAAAAACAUGGUUUUAACAAAAAAUAAAAAAUAAGCAAAGUUUUUCAUUUUCAUUCAAAGUAGUUUUUUGUCGCGAAAAUUAAAAAUUGAGGUGCAAUCCUUGCAGAAAAGUGGAACGAGCACAUUUGAAAAAAUAAAAAAUAAAUAAAUAAAAUUGUGGAAAGAUCGCAUCCCCAAGGACAUCGAGGGAUUCUUUGUCAGAUUUUGCCCCAGUGAGCUAAAAAAAAUCCAACGCUGCAAUAGUUUUUUUUUAAUUUGAAUUCGGAAAAAAGGUGAAAAAUGGUUUGACAAUCGAACAAAAAUCCAGCUAAACGUUCGACCGGUGAGAAUAUAAAAACCAGGACAAAAAGCUAUAUUUUUUUGUUAAAGUGCACUAUAAAAAUGCGACGGGAGUGAACAAAAAUGAAGUGAGAAUUUUUGGUUGAUUUUUUUUUGUAAUUGUUUUCCCAAGAGGCGAUAAACUAGAAAAAAACGAGACGCGAAAGAUUUUUGAAAAUUUAAUAAAAAAAAAGUGUAAAAGUGAAACGGACAUAAACAAUUGGUAAACGUCAAAAUUUAUUAGUGGACACUGCAAAUCAUCCCUUUAACCCUCUCCCAUUCAUCGGACGAAAAUCUGUGGAAGAAAGGAAGAAAUCUCCACCAUUUCACUGUGGACGACAGUGAAAUUUGUCUUAUAUGGAUAGCUGGACGGGGAACGCCCGACUGGCGAGAUUUUUAUAUUAAGCGUAAGCUGUCACCGACAUGGGCAGUGAGCACUACUGCUUGAGGUGGAACAAUCAUCAAUCCAACCUGUUAGGGGUGUUCAGCCAAUUGCUGCAGGACGAGAGUCUGGUGGACGUUACACUAGCGUGUUCCGAGGGCGCCUCCAUCAGAGCCCACAAGGUAGUCCUGUCGGCUUGUUCAUCCUACUUCCAAAGCUUAUUUCUGGACCAUCCUGCCAGACAUCCAAUUGUGAUAUUGAAGGACGUUCGCUUUGCCGAAUUGAAAACACUCGUAGAAUUCAUGUACAAGGGUGAGGUGAACGUGCAAUAUUGCCAGUUAUCAGCACUUCUCAAGACGGCCGAGUCUCUUAAGGUGAAAGGUUUGGCAGAAAUGACAAAUCAGAGCACAGCUCCUCGGGAAUCUGAGAGAGACGCAGACCGUUUACGAUCCCACUCGAGUAUUCCACUGAAAUCGGAGCAUUCGGACACAAUUCCCACAUCCCCGCUAAAGAGUACACUCAGCACCUUGGCGACGUCCGGAGGUGGCACUGGAUCGUCCAGUAGUCGCGUAGGUGGUGAUCAGGGUUCGGGUGAACGGGGUACACCAUCACCCACAGCCCUCAGGCACCACCAAUCAUCCUCACCGACUCCACUGGCACUCUAUGGAAGUCGCCGGGCGCACAGGGAUCACCCAGACCGGCCGCCUUCCAUGGAGGUGACAAUGGAGGAUGAACCAUUGCAACUCUCCACGCAAUCCACAACCGCCACGACCACCACCACCACAGUCACCUGUCUCUCUGCCGAAGAGCGCCCCACCUCACCGGACGACGAUGACGAAGAUGACCACAUGAUGCAGACAAAUGAUGUCGGUCUCAAUAUGACGCUCAAUUCAACCGCGUCGGCGACGUCCUCCAUUGUGAUCCCUGCUGCGUCUGUGUCGUCGUCAGAGGUGAGGCCGGCGUCCCGUGGCGGACACACGACAGCCACCUGCAUCUCCAGCAGCAAUAGCAGCGGCGGAGGCGGCGGACCACCGGCUCAGGUCAGUCCCAGUAUGCCAGAACCGAUCGCGGGCCCCUCGGGCAUGGGUCCCGUGCAGCAGGUGCCACUGUCACUGAAGAAGGAGAUCGACUGGGAUCGAGGAGAUGACAAGGACAGUUCAUCGUCCGACUAUCGCCACUCCCACGAUACAAUUGACGACAGUACAAUUCCCCUCUUCGGAUCAUCAAUCCUCAGUGGUGGAGCCUUGGGUGGACCCAGUAGGUGUCCUACACCAUUUGCAUUCCCUUUUGCACCACUUGGACUAGGCCUCUUCGAUACUGAUCCAUCCAGGAUGCUCAGUUUUCUUCAUCAUCACCAGUCCCUUCUGGCAGAAGAGGCUUUACGGUAUCGCGGUCUCUUCAUGAAUCCCAAAGACUCAACCAGUGUUCGCUUUAAUCCUCUGGCUGAGAUGUUCUCGAAGGAACAAGAGCUAAUCCUCAAGAGAGCUAAUCUCUUCAAGAACACCUUCCGCUAUCCACUUCAUGCUACACCAACAGACAUUUUUGCUUCUACCUCAGCGUCCUGUGUGUCAAAGGACGGAGCCUCAACCUCCAAGGACGAACGACGCAGUUCAACUGCAACCACCUUCCACAGCCAAUCCUCUAAAGAGGGUCAAUCCACCAGUCAUCGUCCCUUCCAUUCGCCCACUGCAGACAAAGUGGUGGAAAAGUAUGACCUGACAAAACCACCAACUCCCACCGAAAGUCUCCCGGGGAGUUCCAAGGACAUCCUCGAUGAGAUCCUCCACAAACGCAGUGGGAAUUACCUCAAGGAGAGUUUCCGAUUCAAUCCACUAAGUGGAUCAGACACACGACGCGCCACUAGUCCCAAAGACAAGUCAUCCUCCUCAACAUCCUCUUCGCCCAUCAUCAAGCCCAUCCCUGAAACACUCUUACUUCAGGAUGGUACGACAAUUGAAGAAGAGACAAAGUGCACCGUUUGCAUGGCUACUUUUCCAUCAGUAUGGCUCCUGGAGCAACACGCUGCCCUUCAGCAUGCUGGAAUGGGUGCUUUAGAAGAGAAACCCUUCAUCUGCGAACAGUGCGGACAAUCCUACCGUUACCGUUCGGCAUACGUGAAGCAUCGAGAGCAGAAUCAUCGAGCUAGACUUCCAGCAGACAAACUAUUCACCUGUGACGUCUGCGGCAUGCAGUUUAGAUAUUUGAAAUCCUUCAAGAAACACCGACUCAAUCAUGCUCUUGAACGUUUGCACGGGAAGAAUGAAAAGAAGUACGGAAUGGAGUUGGGAACGGAAGUUGUAACCAGUUCCAAUGAUGAUGAGAACGAGCUGAAGAUUACCAUUAAAGAGGAGGAAGAUGAAGAGGAACAGGAUGAUACAGUGGAUUCUGCUGGGGGAAAUCUGUGCAAUACCGAACCAACUGGUGAUAGCGAUAUUGUGGUACCGAAGAUUACAAGCUCUGCCGAAACGCUUGAGUAUCCAUCAACUAACAGUGCAUCAGUGAUUCCCGAAAGAGAGGAUCAUAUGAUGAAGAAGCGCUUGGAGGUGUGUGCCCUGCCUGCAACAUCAGUAAAUUCCCUCCUCACUGCCGAGCGAAUCCCUAGCGAUCAAGCCCUAGGCCUAAAUCCCCAAGAGGCCUCGAUCCUCAACUUCCUACGCGUCGAUGCAGCCGAACGACAGCGCGAUCGCAGAUUUGCUUGUCCCUUCUGUGGCAAAUGUGUACGUUCCAAGGAGAAUCUCAAGCUCCAUGUGCGCAAACACACAGGAGAACGUCCCUUUGUCUGUCUCUUCUGUGGUCGCGCAUUUGGCGGCAAGUCAGAUCUCACGCGUCAUUUGAGAAUCCACACUGGGGAACGACCCUACCACUGUGAAGCAUGUGGAAAAUGCUUUGCCCGUGCUGACUAUCUCUCCAAGCACCUCACCACCCACAUACACAAUUCACCACGCUGAGAUGAGGUUAAGCGACGCCGAAUUCUCGGUGCUCGCAGGUAAUAUCGUGGGAACGGAGGUGGACCUCAGCAACUACAGUGGUGGACACAGAUCGCACAAUUUUUCAAUGCACAACACCUUUCCUCAGUCACACCAUCAGCCGCCAAGCCAUUAUACCAAAAUUCACCCUCAAACUUAGAUGAUAUAAAUUCAAAGCAAUAAUUUUUUAAAAAAAUACUAGUAGAUUCUUACUGUUUCUGCUCAAAAGGUAAGACCCACCCUCCUCAAGAUACCAGAUAUGGAUGUAUCAGCGUGCAAUAGGAAGGACUGAAAAGUGGGAGGAGGGAUGAAAUAUCGCAAAACAGCAGUGAAAUUAAUAAAGAAAAGAAAAUAUUGAAAGUGGCAGAAGAUUUUCUAACAAAAUAGAAAAAAAAGAAAUACAAGCAUACACGAUUUGUCCUGGAUUCAAUGCUAAAUAACUAUAAUGGGGAAUGCACAAUUACUUGUGAUUUGUUAGUGUGUUUUGGAAAUGGGGUAUUAAAGUUAUUAAGACGACUAGAACCAUGGAUUACCCUACUGAGCCCAAACAAAAGCAGAUUUUGAUUCUCCAAUAGUGUCUUGGAUAAAAGGUAAAUGGAACUCUAUUUGCACAAAAAGUCGUUGAAGUUCGAAGAAUUCAAAUUCAAUUUCGAAUUUUCAUACAAAAUUUUCGAACAAGUUUGGGAAAAUUUAUCAAAUAUCAAAAAAGCUGGUAAAAGUUACUCAGUGAUUAUGGAGUGAUUAAAUACUGGGACAAGAACAGUAAACGUCGUUGUUCUGUUUUUUCCUCACAACAAUGUGAAGACCGUCACAUUUUGACACUUGAGUACUUCGAAAUUCGAACAGGAUGUCACUUAGACCAAACUGCGGUUGCAAAAAAAAUCUCUGAAAUUCGACAAAAUAUUUACUUCUCUAUUUUAUCCUUAUUAGCAGGUCGUGUCCCUUCUUGUAAUAUGUACUUUUGCAUUCCUUAUUAACCAAAAUAGUGUUGUACAAAAGGAUUUUUCUCAAACCUAUCCUGAAUUUGGGGACAGCUCAAAAGAAUAUGAGUCUUCCAGCUCAGAAUUUCAUCCCAAUGUUUUUGUUGUAAUAUCGACAAUUAUUCACAAUUAACCCAAAUAACUGUAUUCAACUAAAUUAAUAUAAUGAUUUUCUUGUGAAAAUGACUUAACUCUAAGGAAUUAAACAAUUUUCACAUUAAAAACCUCUUAAGCACCACCAAAUUCACUUCGGGUUUUAUUUUAGCUCAGGCUUGUAUGAACCGUUGACGCUCAAAAUAGCGCAAGAAAAUGACGCCAACAAUAUUUUGCACAUUUCACGGCAUUUCUGUAACUUUUCCAAAAGUAAUCUCCUAAGGAUAUGCAAAAUUUCUGUAUGCAUAAAGCCAUUUCGCACGGUUUUUCUCAGUCCCGAAAAUAUACAUACAGGGAGUUCCGCUGUGAAAGUAUUUUUCGGGACCGAAAAAAGCACACGAAUUAACUCCAGUGACACAGAAAAUUGCAUAUCUGCAGGAGAUAUCUUUGGGAUAAGUUAUGGAAACGCCGAGAUGUAUGCAAGACAUUUUCGGAGCCAAUUUUUCUGCCUAUUUUCACAGUUUUUAAGAACCUUUCAUAGAAAAUAUCCCUUACCAAAUGGGUACUCAAUUGGUAUGGGCACUCAAUGGGUCAAGUGGUAGAGCACUCGCUCUAUGAUGUCAGUGCCCUGAGUUCGAAUCCCCUUUAGGUCACCAGGAUUUUUUUUUCGUUAAAGGUAUUCGGAUUGCAUCCAGUGAGCUUCACUGCACUUGAUUCCACGGGCAUGGGACUGACAACCUCAUCCCGAAAAAGAAGAAAUAAUAAUGGAUGUUCUGAACUCUCCUUGCGGGAAGCCCUUGUUCCUUCAUGGAAUGUUGUGCCAGCAUUAUUAUUAUUUUUAUUAUUAUUAUUUUCAGAGCCAACUUUGCUCUGCGCGAAAAAUAUUUGCAUACAUUUAGGGUCUUUUCAAAAAUUAUUUAAUAAAUGAGCCCCCAAUAGUAGGCAAUUCGGGCAAUUCAAUCAAAUUCUUUCAGUCCGUUUUCUCUCAAGCCGGAACUCUCGAACCCUCUGUAAUCCCAGGACCCACUAUGAAUCGAAUAAAGAAGCAUGGGCAACUGUAAAAGCAAGUUUUGUGGGCAUUUCAGAUACACACUUCCUUCGUGAUUCAGGGUUAUUCGAGGGGAAUUGGAUCAACUGCAUUAAAGUUUAAGAAGGAUAGCAAAAAAAAACAGUUUAGAAAUAAUUUAAUAUUUCUUUAAUGUGUUUUACUUGAACUAUUUUGACAAUCUGUAUCAGCUAAUAAAGUAAAUUUUUUCGACUAAAUGAUCAGCAUAUGACAGAUAAGGAAAAGUACUCUCCCUUCGAACGUUCAAGCCUUAGAAUAAUGUAAAUUUCUUCUAUUUUUCCUAAGAGAUUUCCACAUGGUUAUAGCAUAUGUUUAUAAUGUUUAAGUCUCUUAGGAAAACUUAAAGAAAAUUCGCAUUAUUCGAAGGCAUGAACGUUCGAAGGGAGAGUACUCUCCCCUAUACAAAACGUUAUGUCACUGUUGAUUUAUCUAAAAUUUAAAAGUCCUAACACUUUUUGUAUAAAAUGGGUUGGGAAUCACUAGUUCUGAUUGUUGCUCUCUAUGCACAAACACAAAAUUUCUUGGGAUUACGUACCAAGCGGGCAGAAGUCUGUUUAACCACUUUCACAAUAAAAUGUGUUAUUUUUCUUAAGGCAUGUAGGGACUUCAUUUGUUUUUGUUUCCUUAAAAAAUCGCACUAAAUCUAAAGAAUUUCGUUGAAAAAAAUCCAAGUCAAUUAUAGAAAACUUUCCAUACAAUUUUCAUUGAAAUUUUUGAAGAGAAUUUCAUUGGAAUUGUAUGCUAAAAAAAUAAAAAAAACGAGGAAUUGCUUCAAAAUAUCCUGUCCACGUGGAUUCACACCACAAAAGUUCAAAUUCAAAUCUUCCCUGCAUCACCUUUUUUCUUUUUUUUUUCUUUUAAUUAAAUAUCAUAAGAUUAUCCUUUUGGUUUUAAUAGCCGAUUUUGAGAAAAAAUUACGCCUUUUGAUUCCCUUCCUCAAUAUUUUUUUUUAAUAUAAAAGCAACUUUAAAAGAUAAGUUUAAUGUGCCAACCUUGUAUACGGUAUGAAAUAAAUUAGCAGGACAUCUCAUCCUAGCCAAAAAAAUCAUUUAAAAUAUGAAAAAAUCUCGGUGAUGUAAACAAGUCUUACGUAGAUUAGUUUACAUCAGAGGCGUGCAAAAACCGUUGAAACCGAAUAAACGUCAAAUGAAACAUGCACGUCAAUGAUCAAACCCUACUAGAACAAACUUCUUUUAACGUUAAUUCGAUUUUAACGGUUUUUGCACACCUCUGGUUUAUAUUAUUGAAGUGGUACCAUAUUGGACCUCAGACUUUCGUUUAUUUGUAGAAUGUAAAAUACUCUGUAUAGACAUUCUUUUUUUAAUAAAUCUAAAAUCUAAAUCUAAAUCUAAAUAUUCUGAGUAUUCCUCUACUGGUGAAAGAGUAAGAAAGAUUAGUAAUUCUAGUCGUCCUUUUUACCCAGGGAGGUGACAUUAGCUCUGAAAAAUGAGACCAGUUUUAGUGUAAAUUUUUCCCUGUUUUCGUAGACAUUUCACGAGAUAUCUCCAAAACUGCGUAGGUUGCCAAUUUGGGGUUUUUGGUUGCCUAUUCUAUAUUAAAUUGGCUUUUAUUUUGUAUUUGUAUUUUUUGAUAAUUCAUUCUACAAUGACAGAAAACAUCUAAUAAACCCAAAAGUUUUUUCGGAACGCUAGAAACAUAAGGGGAACAUAGGAAAGGUCAUGCCCCUGCCUCUAAUAGUGAAAGAGUAAGAAAUAUUGGUAAGUCUAGUCGUCCUUUUCAGUCGCAUGCCCAAAUGUGUCAAUACCAAAAGUUUACAAAACAAAUUGACAAAGCCGAAGCAAAUGUGCGAGCCCCAUUAGAUGACAAAUUGAAUCCUGGACAUUACGUGUAGUCAGCAACAACAAAUAGAAAACACAAUUACAAAUAUAAUAACAAGAUAAUUUGGUUUCAACUUGAAGUAAAAGAUUUAAAAAAAAAAAGAUGAAAAUGAAACUUUUUACAAGAAGAAGCAUAAACAAAACAGUUUUUCCGCAAUUAAUGUCUGUGAUUUAACCAUUAAUGAAAUAAAAAAAAAUGUAAUAAUUGUAAUAGAUUCAAUUCUAUUCUCUAUUGCUGUGCGUGAGUGAGAGAACGUGUAAAUCGAAAACAUAACCACACAAAACAACGAAAUAUUUCUUUCCAAAAAAAAACACAAAGUGUAAUUUUCCUAAUUGCGAAGACCAUUUUC